AUGGCUCGCAAACAUCAUACCAGUUCCAAAGAAGGAUGGGAAAGUCAGGAUGUGCAUCGACUUCAAGAUCUCAACAAAGCAAGCCCUAAAGACGAUUUUCCUCUACCUCACAUCGAUACACUAGUAGAUAAUAUUGCUAGACAUAAGAUCUUCUCUUUCAUGGACAGUUUCUCUGGUUACAACCACAUCAAGAUGGUCAUCGAAGAUCGUGAGAAGACUUCCUUCAUCACACCAUGGGGAACUUUCUGCUAUCGGGUCAUGCCCUUCGGACUGAAGAACGCAAGAGCUACAUAUCAGCGAGCCAUGACUACCUUGUUCCAUAAUAUGAUAAACAAGGAGAUGGAAGUUUACGUGGAUGAUAUGAUCGUCAAGUCUCGCAUGAUCGACAGAAACUUCGAAGACCUUGAGAAGCUCUUCAACAGGUUAGAAAAAUUCAAGCUCCGCCUUAACUCGCAAAAGUGUGUCUUCGGUGCAACCGGGGGCAAGCUGCUAGGUUUUAUUGUCAGCGAAGAUGGUAUCCAGGUGGAUGAGACUAAGACCAAGGUAAUCAAGGGGCAAGCAUUGGCCGACUAUCUAGUAGCACACUCUCUGCCUGACUACCAACCAUUGAAGACCUUCUUUUUUGACGAGAAUAUCCUCCUGAUUGAGGAAGAAGAAGAAAAGAAGGCAGGAGAGUGGACACUCUUUUUCGACGGAGCCGCAAAUUCAAAAGGGAGUGGAGUAGGCGUCAUACUCUACUCUCCCGAAGACGUCCCAGCUCCCAUAUCUAGAAGACUAGCAUUCCAAUGCACUAAUAACAUGACUGAGUACGAAGCAUGCAUCGCUGGUCUAAGAGAGGCCAUAAUCCUCAAUGUGAAGAAGUUGCGAGUCUUCGGGGACUCGCAGCUCAUCAUCAAUCAGAUAAACGACGAUUGGAGGACCAAAGAUGAAAAGCUAAUCCUGUAUCACAUCUAUCUAGAAAAUCUAAUCGAAGAAUUUGAAGAGAUCACUUUCUCUCACAUACCUCGGAUCAAGAAUCAAUUCGCAGAUGCCUUAGCUACCCUUGCUUCGAUGCUGGAGAUCCCAAAAGGAGUUGCUAAAUGGGAACUCACUGUCGAACUUCAGGAGGAACCCGCAUUUUACCUACAGAUCGACGAAGCUGAACCACCCUCGAAUGAUCGGCCGUGGUACACAGACAUUAAGAAAUACCUCGAACAUCAGAAGUACCCGGAAGGAGCAAAACCAGUCGAUCGACGCACCAUCCAACGACUAGCGGCACAAUUCGUGAUCACUGGGGGCAUUCUUUACAAGCGAUCCUUCAACCAAGUCCUCCUCCGCUGCGUGGAUGAAACAGAAGCAACGUAG